AUGUCCAACAUCACAUCUUCAGAAGUCUCCUCCUCCAAUCCAAUAUCCCCAUCAAUUCCGAACUUUUCUUCUCCAUAUUUUCUCCAUUCUACUGAUCAACUUGGUGACAUCCUAGUCUCCACCCUUCUGAAUGGUGACAAUUAUCCUACUUGGAAGAGGGCCAUGAAAGUGGGCUUAAAUGCCAAAAAUAAGUUUGGUUUCGUUAAUGGUACCCUUCACAAACCAACGUCCUCCUUAGCAGAAAUUCAGUUGUGGGAACGUUGCAGUGAUACGAUCUUAUCAUGGAUCCUCAACUCCAUUGAUAAAUCCAUUGUUCACAAUUUGAUCUAUCAUGAAUGCCCCCGUGAUGUAUGCCUAGAUCUUGAGGAUUGUUUCUCUCAAAGUAACAAUCUUAGAAUUUUCAAGUUGAAGCGUGACAUUGCUACUCUCACCCAAGGCUCCAUGACCAUCUCUAUGUAUUUUACAACACUUAAAAGGUCAUUGGGAUGA